AUGAACCUCAACUCAGAAUUUGGGCCUGUUUUCAUUUACAUUUUUAAAGGCCAGGAUGACAGGUCCAAAGAAGAUAUUGUGAAGUUAUUGGAAUAUAUGGUGAAUAACAUUCCAUCCAAUGACAGGCACAUGUUCAAAACAACCCAGUCACUGAUGGACUGGGAAAAAGUAGCUUUUAAAGAUUUUCCUGGGGAAAUGUGCAAACUCAAAUGGUUAGAAAUUUCUUAUAACUUUAGAAAGUUUCGCACUUUGAAGGAAUUAGUCCUGGAAGCAAAGGAAAAUGUUGACAAUCCUUACAAAUGCAGAAAACACAAGAAGCAUCCUGAUUUACCCAAGAAGCCCUUGACAGCUUACCUCUGCUUUUUCAAAAAGAUACGACUCCAGUACACCCAAAAACACCCUAAGCUGAGCAACCAGGAGUUGACCAAGGUUCUGUCUGAGGAAUACAAGAAACUUCCAGAGCAGCUGAAGCUGAAAUAUAGUCAAGAUUUCUAGAAGGAGAAACAGAAGUUUAAGGAGAAAAUGACUCUGUUCAGAGAACAGCACCCUGAUCUGGUCCAGAGCUCCACGAAAUCUGAUGUCCCCAAAGGAAGCCAAAUCAAAGUGCCAAAGAAGUUUCAGGGAAAUGUGCAAAAAGUGGUCUCCCCCAAAAAACAGUUUAUUCAUGAAAAGCCCAAGAAGCCACCUAUGAAUGGCUAUCACAAGUUCCACCAGGAUUUGUGGUUGAGUAGGGAGCUGAGGGUUGCCCUGAGGGAGCACAUGGUAGAGAUUAGUAGAUGCUGGCAGCGUGUCCCACAGAACCAGAAGGAGCAUUAUAAGAAGGAGGCUGAGGAACUGCAGAAACAGUACAAGGUGGACCUUGAUCUCUGACUCAAGAGUCUGUCUCCUGAAGAACAUGCUUAUUACAGAGAGACAACCUAUUUGAAGCGUAAGAACAUGAACAUGAUGGGAGGCCCUAAUCCCAAGAUUAGGAGGAUGGAUCUGCAGUCCCCAUCAUCAGGGAAUCUGCAGGGAGGGCUUGGACUGGGCCAGGGGCUUCAGGCUCCAGAGACAGAAUUAUCAGAUCUGAUUGGAGAAUAUUUUCCUGCCUCAGGGAGAUCAGAGGAAAAUAAGGAAGAUGAACAAGAGGAGAAAGGCAGCAACUCCUCAGCCCACAGCAGCCGAAAUGCAUUCCAUCCGGUUUCCAGUUCUGCUGAAAUUAGCGGAGCUCGCCAGGUCCAGGAGCUCAGUCGGCCCGGCGCCCACAGCACAGCACAGCCCUCCAGCCCCAAACUCUCCCGCUUUUCCCGUUGGAGGCUGCAGGGAGGAGCGGAAGAUCUGGGAUCCGGGGAAGGCGUCGGUGUACAUACCCAGCAUAAAUCCACCCAGGAAAUAUGCCAGCGCUGUAGCCAAGCACAUCCAAAGCUACGGAAGACCCUGGACUUGGCCAUGGCUUCCGCAGGACUGAGAGAGAAGAGCCUGCUGGCCGAGCGAGCCUCGGGAAUGCUGGCGAACUAG